GUGGCCGUGGAAGCCGGGCAGUGUCUGAAAGGCCCCGAAGAAGGAUGAGAUGGCUACCUGUCCCGGUCUUGAUCCUCAUCACUUUCCAACCUGCGCACGCUCAAGACACCUUUUGCGAUGGCAUCUGUGGAAGACGGCCGUUGGCAUCGAGCCACCACAUGCUGCGGAUUGUGGGGGGCAGCAACGCUCUGCCGGGCACCUGGCCUUGGCACGUCAACUUCCAAACCUCCACGUGGAACGGCCCUGCAAACGCCUGCGGAGGAACCUUGAUCAGCCCUCGCUGGGUCGUCAGCGCGGCCCAUUGCUUUCCGGACAAAGAGCAAAUCCCGUGGAUUAAGGUGGUGGUUGGUAACAUCAAGCUCUCCGACCCUGGUCCCGACGCCCAGCAUCGCCGGAUCAAGAGGCUGAUCAUCCAUGAGAUGUACCAGAAUAACCUUGAUAAGGUGGAUGGCGGGGUGCCCAACGACGUGGCCUUGAUUGAAAUGGACGAGCCUGUCUUCUGCACCGACUACGUCCAGCCCGCCUGCCUGCCCGACGACAGUGUGGACGUCUCUGCGCUGACCUACUGCUACGUCAGCGGCUGGGGGACCAUGGAUGUGCCAACUCAAAAACAGCCGGACAUCCAGCAAGAGGUGAGAGUGGACAUGAUUCCCAGGAAGAUAUGUGGCAGCCCUUCCGCUUGGAACAAGCGCAUCUUGGAUGAAAAUCUUUGCGCUGGAAGAAUGGGAGAAGAGAUCGGUAUCUGCCAGGGCGACAGCGGUGGGCCUCUUAUGUGUCGGGAGGAACGGUCCGAGCGCUACUGGGUGGUCGGCAUCUCCAGCUGGACCACCGUUCUCUGCGGCAACCCGCAAUUCCCAGGGGUCUUCACCUCCACACAGUACCACAUGGACUGGAUCAGGAGGCACGCCAAGGACAACUUUCUCAUGCCCGGCCGCCCACCCUUGUUGGCACUCUUUCCGACUCCAACCGUUCCAAACACCACUCCAAAGCCCCAUAUUAACACUCAGUCCCAACAGAGCUGGAACUCGGCGCCUCCGAAGCCUCCCCCGAUACUCCGGCCAACCAGCCGGCCGAGGCCUCCUAUCCUGUACUUGCCCAGGCCGGUUCCCACACAGAGGACCACGGGGUGGCCACAGCGUCCAGUGACAAGACCACCCGCAAGAUGGAGCUCCACGACUGCCUCCUGGCUGAGGCCCACCACGAGAUGGGCUUCCACGUAUCGUCCAUGGAGGACCACUUACCUUCCCUGGACCACAGCCGCCACCUGGCCGCCCAGCAGAAGACCCCUCACCUGGUUUGGGCUGACUCGCCAGACGAGGGCCACCCAGAGGUGGACUCCCUCAGCGCUUGGUUACUCCUCCUCUUACAACUGGAGGCGGCCUCCGCCCAACCCCGGGGCCCCACCGGAGAAGCAGUAAAAAGGGUGGGUGCAUUAAAAACAUCACCCAAAGGGACAAGGAAGGGGUCGAGGUUCACUGGCGGAGGAGGGUGCCCAAGCCAGCUCUCAGUGGUCGGAUGCGUGGCCUGCACUCAGGGGCACCAUCACUUCCCACAGAUGAGAUGCCAGUCCUCCCACCUUGACCCUCCUCCUCCUCCUCCUUCCUCUUGGUCCCCUGGGAAUAUGUUGGGAUGAGGAAUCCGAGAAAGCUGCCGGCAUUUUGCUUCACAUCUAUAUUUCCCCCCCUUGUUCAUUUCUCAGCAAGAGAAUACCUUCAGUUCUUUAAAGUUUGUCUCAAAACUCAAGUAAAAAAAUCAACCUUUAAAAUGGGUAAGGGUUCACUCUUUGGAUUAAAAUAAAGCCAAGUCAGCCAGUGGUUCAGAUUUCUGCCAGAACCCCACCAAGAAGAGAGAGGGUUGCCUUUGGUCUUUAAAAGAGAUUCUUUGUUUUCCAAACCAAUGGCAAAAAUAACAAGAAAAUAAAGCAAUGAAU